AUGCCUGCUUCAUCUUUAGCAUCCACAGGGAUUGAUGUCGAGUCUGAGUUGAAUCUCCAGCCAUCUGGUCGUGUCCACGAUAUCCUCAAUGUAUCUUUACCGUGUACCGAGCCGGGCUCUAUCUGGGAUGUCAAUCUGUCCUUCUCGGGAGUUGUGCAGAAGGUGACUCCUCAUGAUCCCGCUCUCUUGGAGGUCUUCAAGAACGACACAUCUUCACCAUACAUAAAUGGCUAUGGAGCCCUCCUUGCUCCUGCUUUGUGCCACCCCCACAUCCACAUCGACAAGGCCUACCUUCUUUCGCAUCCCAAGUAUUCUCAUCUGCAGAUUGAGGAAGGUUCCUUCGACGAAGCCAUGGAGUUGACGUCCAAAGCAAAGUCAAAUUUCGAACACGACGACUUGCUCGAACGUGGUCUGAGAGUCAUAGAUGAAAGUGUUCAAGCUGGAGUAACUUCUAUGAGGGCAUUCGUCGAAGUUGAUCCUAUCGUUGGUUUGAAGUGUAUCGAAGCAGGCAAAUCCCUCAAGGACAAAGCCGAUCUUCGAUGCCAUGUUCAAUUGUGUGUGUUUGCCCAACUGCCUUUGUUCUCAAACGAAGAUGGAGGCAAGGAGAUUAGACGUCUUGUUGAAGAAGCUGCAAAGCCUACAUAUUCUGCCGAUGUGCUCGGCAGUACGCCGUAUGUUGAAGAUGAUCGCGAGAAGAUGAAGAAGAACGUUGAAUGGACCAUUGACCUUGCUCUCGAGAAAGACCUUCACCUGGACUUCCAUCUCGACUACAAUCUUGAUCUCAAUACCGAGCCCUUGGUCUGGCAUGUGAUUGAUACACUCAAAGCUAAAAGCUGGACAACCCGUACCAAGAAGACCAUCGUCCUGGGUCACUGUACUCGCUUGUCAUUGUUCAAAGACGACGAAUGGAGACGACUCAAGGAAGAGAUUGCCGACCUCCCUAUCAGCUUUGUUGGACUGCCAACAUCUGAUCUUUUUAUGAUGAGAACAGAGAAUGGUGCUCGGGGAACUUUGCCUGUACCACGUUUGAUCAAAGAUUAUGGCUUCAAUGCUGCGAUCUCUAUCAACAACAUUGGAAAUGCUUUUACGCCUCAAGGAAGCUGUGAUCCCCUCUCAAUAGCCAAUCUGGGCGUCGGCGUCUACCAAGCCGGCACAAAGAGAGAUGGAGACAUCCUUUAUGAAUGUAUCUCUACCAGAGCCAGACAUGCUAUCGGACUAUCUGCGGAGGCCGACUCGAACUCUGCGAAGAUGCUCUCUCUGGAGCCUGAAAAGGCUGCAGAUAUGCUCCUGUUCAGCAAGUAUGACCCAGAUUGGAGAACUAGACGUACUGUCGCGGAAGCCGUUUACCUUUACGAUGGACCCGGCAAAAGGACGGUCUUGAAGGGCGGCCUCUUGGUCGAGUAA